AUGUUUAAUAAGAGGUUUUUUAGCAAGGGAAUGGAGGAUGGUGGACUCGGUUUGGAGGAAGAGGAGUAUGCGGAUGCAAUUUUCAAUAUCCUUACUAAUGUAUUUUCAUUUUGUAUAUCCGAUGUUUUGCCAUUUCUAAGAGGGUUUGACUUAGAUGGUUAUACGAAGGUGAUGAAGGAGAAUUAUAGGAUCACCAAUAAACAUCACGAUCCUAUAAUUGACCGGAGGAUUCAACAAUGGAAGGAUGGCACAAAAAAGGAAAUGGAGGACUUGCUUGAUGUUUUAAUUAACCUAAAAGAUGAUAAUGACAAUCCUUUGUUGACAAAAGAUGAGAUCAAAGGUCAAAUUGUAGAAAUAGCAUUGCCAAUAGUGGAUAAUCCAUCAAAUGCUUAUGAAUCAGCAUUUAUAGAGAUGCUAAACCAACCCGAGAUAUUUGACAAGGCUAUUGAAGAACUGAAUAAAGUGGUUGGAACUUGGAAAAGAGAGACUAGUCUAAGAAUCGGACUUUGUGCGGCUCAAUUACGUGAAGCCAUGCGCUAG